AUGGCGGAUGAUAAGAGCAGGAAACAGGCUACACUGGGGUAUGUUCGCGAUUCUCAAAUGACAAUUGGGAGAUUUUUCGGAUCUAAUGCAGCAAACCAAGCCCCAAAGAAGCAAACAACCUUGGCAUUUGGUAACAAGAAGGCGAAGACUGAUGCUGCAGUAGAAGCGGCGGAUGAAGCCACUCAGGAUGAGAAACAUGACUCAUAUUUUAAGAUAGAGAAUGGAGUUGAAGCUACAACCGACACUAACUUGGAUGAAUCGGAACCAAUUAAAGGCUUGAAACGCGAAAAGACCGAUGAAGCGGAAGAGAGUGAUGUGUCUGAUGUCCAGCCAGUUUCCAAGCGCCAACGCAAAUCGAAGCAAACUCCCCCUCCUCCAAAUAAGGAGUCAUCUCCUAAGAAAUCAACUCCCAAGAAAUCAUCUCCCAAGAAAGAAUCACCUGCCAAGAAAUCCAACCAAGCAAAGCCCAGUUACGUGAAAGACAAAUCGCCAUUAACAAACCUCGCUGAGAAAGCAAUUGACUCCGAAGAAGUCGCCAAGAAAGAAAGUGAAUCCGAGAAAGAUGAAGAAGAGCUGUCAGAAAGCGAAGAAGAGGUCGAAGCUAAGCCUCUUGCCAAAAAGAAGACAAUGGCGAAGGUACAGGCUACAGUGACGGCCAGCGGCCAAGACCCAUACCCAGACUGGACUCCUGGCAAGCCGGUGCCGUACGCUGCACUUUGCACCACCUUUUCUCUCGUUGAGAUGACAACAAAGCGCCUAAUAAUCAUGGCCUAUUGCUCUCGUUUCCUGCAGCAAGUGCUCCGUCUCACUCCCAAUGACCUGCUUCCAACGGUUCAAUUGAUGAUCAACAAACUGGCAGCAGAUUAUUCAGGAAUCGAACUGGGUAUAGGAGAGUCUUUGAUAAUGAAAGCCAUCGGUGAAAGUACUGGCCGAAGUCUGGCUGUCAUUAAGAGUGACCAACACGAGAUCGGUGAUUUAGGAUUGGUGGCUGCUAAAAGUCGAUCCAACCAACCCACCAUGUUUCCCCCUCCCCCCUUGACCGUCCGAGGCGUGCAUGAGCGUUUGCUAGAAAUUGCCAAGCUACAGGGACAUGGUUCCCAGGACAAGAAGAUUGCGGGAAUUAAAAAACUCCUCUCAUCGGCCGAUGCCGCAUCUUUAGGCAAAGGUAACAAGGGUGUUGAUAUCACCAAGGAUAAGGGAGGACCCAGUGAGACGAAGUUUAUCAUCCGUUUUCUGGAGGGAAAGCUCCGACUAGGUCUUGCAGAAAGGACCGUGCUUGUUUCAUUGGCACAGGCACUUGUCUCUCAUGAGGCCGCAGUUGCAGAUAAGAAGGCUCCAUCUCCAGAGCAGAUGGCCGAAGGAGAAGCCAUCUUGAAAACUGUGUACAGUGAACUUCCCUCUUAUGAAAUAAUCAUACCGGCUAUCCUCGAGAACGGUCUUUUCAAAGUUCGAGAUGUUUGCAAGCUGCAGCCGGGUAUUCCACUGAAGCCCAUGCUGGCCAAACCUACGAAGUCUAUUACUGAAGUUCUUGACCGUUUUGAGGGUAAGGAGUUUACAUGCGAGUACAAGUACGACGGAGAGAGAGCCCAAAUUCAUUAUGUCGCACCAUCAGCCAUUCACAAAUAUCCUGUGACAACAGCGACUCUGCAGAAGGAUAACAAGGGAUUUUCCGCAAUCUUCUCACGAAACUCAGAGGAUUUGUCGAAGAAAUACCCCGAUGUGCUGGGCAAGCUAUAUAGCUGGGUUAAUGAUGAUGUGGACAGCUUCGUGUUGGACUGUGAGACUGUUGCUUGGGAUACAGUCACCAAGAAAGUUCUUCCUUUCCAGCAACUUAUGACUCGUAAAAGAAAGGAUGUCAAAGCAGAGGAUGUCAAGGUCAAAGUUUGCGUAUACGCUUUUGAUCUACUUUUCUUUAAUGGAGAGCCUUGUGUUAAGAAGUCUCUUCGGGAGCGUCGGGAGCUGCUGCAUAAAUGCUUCCAGCCCGUGGAAGGGGAGUUUCAGUUUGCUCAAUUCGGCAACACCAACGUUCUAGAUGAGAUCCAAAUUAUGCUGGAAGACAGUGUCAAGGCCUCGUGCGAGGGUCUCAUGGUGAAGAUGCUGGACACCGCAGAGAGCGGAUACGAGCCUAGCAAGCGGAGUCGCAAUUGGUUAAAGGUUAAGAAGGAUUACCUUGCCGGCGUGGGCGACUCACUUGAUCUAGUCGUCCUCGGUGCAUACCACGGCCGCGGAAAGCGUGCUUCAUGGUAUGGUGCUUUCCUUCUGGCUGCCUACAACCCCAACACAGACACAUACGAGACCAUUUGCAAUAUCGGAACUGGAUUCUCUGAGGCUCUCCUUGAAGAGUUACACACAGAACUCUCUGAUCUGGUCAUUGACCGGCCGAAACCCUUCUACACUCACUCCACUAUUCCCAAAGACCAACCUGAUGUAUGGUUCGAGCCACGAUUAGUGUGGGAGGUCAAGACGGCCGACUUAACGCUCAGCCCCCGGUACAAGGCAGCUGCAGAUGAAUUUGAUAGAACCACGGGAGGUGGAAAGGGAGUUUCCCUGCGUUUCCCUCGAUUUAUCAAAUCCCGUGAUGACAAAAAGCCCGAGCAAUCAACAACUACUCGAGCUGUUGCUGAGAUGUACCGUAAACAAGAAUCAGUGGCCAAGGAGACCUCGAACAAGAAAGGCGUGGAUGAUGAUUUCGAGUAUUAA